AAUAAGGUGGUCCAGGCAUCUCCGAUUGAGUGGGCUGUGUCCGGUGUCUGUGUCCCCAUGUUUUGACAAAGAUCAGUUUCCAUGUGCUCUCGAUUAGUUUAUGGCUCCCACAGUCUUUACUAUAAUAUUCACAAAAUAUCUCCGCUUCUUUACUCUAUACUUUAUUGAACACACACUCAAUCUCUUCCAUGAUUUUGUCUGUAGAUCGAGAGUGAAGCUCUGCGCCACAGUUAUUAAAAAUACUUAAAACCCCAUCUCUCCUUUUAACUAACUUCUCUAGUGGGUCAUAGAAUUUUUCUUAAAAAAUUUAAAUUUAAGAAUUUGUUUUUCAGUUGAGCUUCUGUUGAUUGGUUCGCUACUCUUUUCCCCUUUCAGGGGGAGAUUCUUCUCUCCUCCCUAUGAAUUUGAAAAGAAACAUCUUUGGACUUUGAGCUUUGUUUGGUCUCUGGUUUCUCUCUCUCUCUCUCUCUCUCUCUCUCUCUCUCCAUUGCACAUGUAGGUUCUUUUAUUUCUGCCUUGAAGGACAUGUAAACCAUAGAUCUCUGAUUUUUUAUCUCUGGGCCUGAAUUUUGAGAUGUGGUUAUUAGCAGAACACAUUACAGAGCAUGUCUUCGUUGCUUCUCUGUUCCAUUGUCAGCUUAUCCAUUUAACGAGUGUGAACAAGCUUUUCAAUGCUUUUCGUCUUUGAGAAACAUGGAAUCUGGGAGUGGAUUUUACUCAGCUAACGAGUUCAAAUUGGAUGCUAAAUGGCUCAUUGAUCCAAAGCAUCUUUUUGUUGGGCCAAAGAUUGGAGAGGGAGCUCAUGCCAAAGUAUUCGAGGGCAAAUAUAAAAACCAGACUGUUGCCAUUAAAAUUGUUCAUAAAGGGGAAACUCCAGAGGAGAUCACAAAGAGAGAAGCACGAUUUGCAAGGGAAGUUGCAAUGUUAUCAAGGGUUCAACAUAAGAAUUUAGUGAAGUUUAUAGGUGCCUGCAAGGAACCUGUAAUGGUCAUAGUUACUGAGCUUUUAUUGGGAGGGACAUUGCGGAAGUACUUGCUGAACAUGCGACCAAGGUGCUUAGACACGCGUGUUGCCAUUGGUUUUGCACUUGACAUUACUCGUGCUAUGGAACGCUUGCACUCCCAUGGGAUCAUACACCGUGAUUUGAAACCAGAGAACUUACUCUUGACUGCAGAUCACAAAACUGUCAAACUAGCAGAUUUUGGACUAGCAAGAGAAGAGUCAUUAACUGAGAUGAUGACAGCUGAAACAGGAACAUAUCGUUGGAUGGCACCUGAGUUGUACAGCACUGUUACAUUAAGGCAGGGAGAUAAGAAACACUAUAACCAUAAAGUGGACGCAUAUAGCUUUGCAAUUGUGUUGUGGGAGCUCUUACAUAACAGGUUGCCAUUUGAAGGCAUGUCAAAUCUCCAGGCAGCAUACGCAGCAGCUUUUAAAAAUGUGAGGCCCAGUGCUGAAAACCUCCCGGCGGAAUUGGCUAUCAUCCUAACUUCAUGCUGGAAGGAGGACCCAAAUGCUCGGCCAAAUUUUAGCCAAAUAAUCCAAAUGCUCCUUAAUUAUCUUGCUACUAUUGCUCCUCCUGAACUAGCUAUUCCUCCUCGAAUUUUCACUUCUGAGAACACUGUCUUGCCACCAGAAUCUCCCGGUACAAGUUCUUUGAUGGCAGUACGAGAUGACUUUGGAGACACUCCCAAAGCAAAGAUGGAAAACCAGCCAAAAGGUUUCUUCUUCUGCUUCAACCAUUGUUAUUAAUCCCUUAACAGUAACAGAAUGACUACAAUCUUUGGUUGGAGAAGUUUGGUAGACAAUAGGCUCUGGAGUACAUUUUGAUAGCAGCAUAAAUAGUUAAAUUAAUAAAUUCACAUUUUUAUUUUUCGUUCGAA